CACAGCAGGGGCGUCACCAGUAUGCCGGCGUCCUGUUCCUGAUGCAAUCAAAAUCUGAAGAUUACAGACUCAAACUGACCCCCACUCCCCCCCGGUCCCCCCCAAAAAGAAACCGAGGAGCUAUAUUUGACCAAAGAGGAGUCUCGGAGUCAGUGAGCGGAGGAGAGCAGCGGAGUUAUUUAGGUACACCAGAGGCAGGGGCAGCCAGCCGGGUGAUCUGAGCGUUUCCUGGCUUUGAUGCGACCCGAGUGUGCCUGGAGCAUGUCCACAGUGGGCCUGACUGCCCAGGAGAUCUCUUUUCCCAUAGAAGACCCCUUCCUGGGGGGCAGCUACUGUCACAGCAUGGCUGGAUCCAAACCCUCUUGGAACUAUCGCCAUGAGCUAGACAACUUCUACUUCAGUAUGGACACUGCACACACAGAUCACAGCUCUCGUGCCCAGCAAAAGGGGCCACCGCCACCGUCUCCAAGUUAUGAAAGACACAAACACAGUCCCAGCUCACAAAGAUUGCCCCCAAAGAAAUCGCGGCCCUCCCAUCUCUCCCUGUCCUGCAGCGCUGAACCAUCCACCCCAAGUCCUGCUGAUGACGACCAGGUGGUCCCCUCAUUCCAGAGGCUCUCGGUGUACGAGUGCAGCAGUCCACCACAGACACCAGGCAGAUGCUCGAAGCCUCUGCCCCCCAUCCCUCCACAAACAGACAUCUCCCCCGAGCAGGCUAUGGACAAUGAAGUAGAAUUUUUCACAAGUUCGGACGACAGCUGCUGCCUGGUGUCUGAUCAGUGUCCCAAAUCGUCCCCUUUUCGAUAUGGGGUCCCCAGUCGAAGGAGCUUCAGGGACUGCGGGCAGAUUAACUAUGCUUACUAUGACGGCCCAUUAGGACCGCAAAGCCCGAGGCAGCCCCAACAGCAGCAUCAGGCAAAUCCUCCACAGGAAGUGCGGGAGCAGUAUGCACAGCAGCGACAGGAACCACCUGAGCCUGUGGUCUGUCCGAGACAGCAGGACAAAGCUCAGAGGAGGCUGCGGCGCUCGCACUCCGGCCCGGCCGGAUCUUUUAACAAACCCUCACUGCUGCGCCUCACAUGCCACAAACGCCACACCCACAGUAUGGACAAGCCCGAGGUGCCACCCCCUAUCCCUCCACGAACAAUCAAGACAGGAGACUACCGCCGCUGGUCAGCAGAGGUCUCGUCGGGGGCUUACAGCGAUGAGGACAAACCACCCAAGGUGCCCCCAAGGGAACCUUUGUCCAGAGGCAGUUCCCGCACCCCCAGCCCCAAGAGCCUCCCAACAUACAUUAAUGGGGUGAUGCCCCCGACCCAAAGCUUUGCACCGGACCCUAAGUACGUAAGCUGUCGGGGUUUACAGAGACAGAACAGUGAGGGCUCACCCUGCAUCCUGCCGGUUAUGGAGAAAGGCAAGAAGGCCAGCACCACACAUUACUAUCUCCUGCCUCAGCGGCCUGCUUUCGUGGACUCACCUUGUGUAUAAAAGGUUGUUCGGGUCAUGGAAAGCCCUGCAGCUCGCAAUACAGAUGUAUCAGACUCAGACUGGGACUGCCACACCAGGAGGAAAGCACAUGUGGAUUUAGUUUGAAAAGAUUUAGUGGAAGUAGCAGAGGAUUUGACAGUACAUGAGCAAAAACCCCAUGAAAAAAAUGAUGAAACUGGACGCUAACAACCCUCAAGCUGCUGCUUUUGUUAUUAUUUUUAACCCCUUAUGUAUUCUGAACACACAGGGUAUGUGCGCACUGUAUUCAGUUACUGGUAAUGUUGGAAUACUUGUCACCACAGAGAUACUUUAUGUAAAAAAACGUAUCUCUGACCGUAGAUUGUGGGCAAAAUUCAGCAUUGUAGAUCUUAUUUUUGAUAUGAUUUUUAUUUCAUGACAUUCAAUAUUGUGCUGUUUUUGCUGAUGAUGUGGUACAGUCAGAAGGUACAAGCGGGCCUUGAACCUCAGUGUUUUCUCUGUCUGGAAGUUUGAGGAUGUUUUGUGAGACACAUUGAUGCUGCUUUUGUAUCUCACAAGGGACACAAGGUCAGUAAUAUAACUAUGUAUCACUUAAUAUAUGAAGUCUAAAUACAAGGCCGACGAAUUUAUAACAAUAAUGAAGGAUGCUCGCACACAAAUCUCCAUUCUGUUUGCUGUUAUAUAUCAACAUUGAUAUGGUUUCUCUGCCUUGAUGAAGUUUCAGUCUUACUCAGGCCACUAUAUCUGUGUAAAUUUGUGUUUCCCACAUGGCACGUUGUCAUGGUACAUUACGUACUAGGAGGUGGGUGCAUCACUGGUAGCUAUGCAUGUUUCCAUUGGAAUGUCUAGUGCAGCUUUUAUGGUGUAGUUGUCUGUUGAUGUGUGAGUCUGUGUGUAUGUAUGUAUGUAUGUAUGUGCAUGGACGUGUUUGUGCACAUGUGCAUGUGAACAGCAGUUGGAAAAGUGUUCUGGUGAUAAAAUUACUUUCUACAAAUGGUAGAAAAUUGUCAACCAUACUUGUUACUGUGCUCUGCGUGUUUGCAGCACCUGCUUUUGAGUACGGCCCUCUAAAAAGUACACACAUGUGAUGGCUUCCUCUCAGUGUCCAGGCCUGUUUUGUUGCACAGAAAUUGGCCUGUUGAACAUUAAGUGAAUGUAUGCUAUUCUUACUGAAAAUUCCAUCAAACAGUUGGAGAAGCUUAUCUUUGGUCAAGCUGUGAGUUAUUGCUUGGAACUAAUUUGCCUCAAGUACUACCUCCCUUUGAUAUUAAUCCUAUAUUUCACAUACUCCCCAUUAAUAAAAGCAAAAUCUGAAAUUAUAAUCUCCAAAAGAUGAGGGUUACCAGCUCCAUUUGUGUCAUGACACAAACUCUCACGUAGGCUUUAAUUCAGUUACACCUCAUUUAAAGGUAACACAAAGUCAGUUCUAACCGGACAUCCUUAAAUAGAGAUUUUAGAUCACGCAGAUCUCAGAUCACCGAGAUGUUGGGCUAACCUGUUAAUACAAACGCAUUACAAAGACGGUGCAGGGUUUACCUACCUGACACAGACUUUCCUGUUCUGCUCAUGCAUUCCUGCCUUACAUGAUUGCAGUGGGUGUGGUCUGAGAGACUUUGGCUGCUGGCAGCCUAGAAAAUAUAUGAAUUUUAUUGUUGUAGAUUAUUGAAGAAGCGUCAGGAUGAUUUAGUUAAUGUAGCACAUGUAUUGAAGUGACCCCUGCUAUUGAACACGGCGUUCAGUUUGGGAAACAGAUAACUGCUAAGGUCAAACGGUCGUUGAAAGAUACUUUUUCCUCUCCCUUCUGCUCACAAAAUCUUGCCAACACAAUGUUGCUUUUGACUUAAAUGUCUGAAAAAAAUGUUUACAUCAUACACUGAUACUAUUUAAUCUUAAGGUAUUCACAUGUCUUAUUAGAAAUAAUAAAAGUGAAUGAAGACUAGUUUAUCAAGAAAUAACUUCUCUGCUGUGGUGAAGACAUGCACUGGGAGAGUACAGUAUGCUGUGUACAGUAUUUAACAAUUCCAUUUGUUGUUAUGAAUAGUUAAUAAGUAUGUAGUCUUUGAAAAGAAAGCAAAAUAAAAUGACUUAUUUAUGA